AUGUUUCGGUUACUUAACCUUGCUCACUCUGUCUGUUCUGACGAGCUUAAAUCAGCUCGUCAAAAGAUUGCUCAAAACGAAGCAGAAAAUCAGCGUCGUGAUGAGGAGAAUCGACGUCGUGACGAGGAAAAUCAGCGACGUGAUGAGGAGCUANGGCAAAGUCAGGCUCGGAUUACUGAAUUGGAGAAGCUGUUUCUGUUUAUGAAGAACAACAAUCCCAACCUCGCUGCUUACAUGUCUGACUCCUCUACCUUGGAUGCUUCUGCCACAGCCACACCUCAAGCUCCUCAAGCUGAAGACAACACUUGA